CCUCUGGGCCUUCCCCAUUGGUGACUUCUCUGAGCCAAUGGAAGAGGAGCCGGGCGGGGCGUCGGCACACAUGCAGAUGAGGAGAGUCGGUGAGAGCUGGCAAGAGGGGGAAGAUCAGGGAACCAAGACUGUUGUGGCCGCAGACUGGACACUCGGAUUCCCAGGCUCCCGUCCCCUGUUCUUGCUUCUUCUGGACAUGUGUGAGAGACUACUCUAAGGACAAGAGGGUCCCUACUAUUCUCCUUCUCUAUGAAUAAUGACUAGAGAGCUCGGAUUAAAACAGGAAGUGAAACCUAAAAAGGACUUGUCUGGGGAGUGAGAAUAAUAGUGGACUCCUAAGGGUGAAAUUGAGCGCCUCCCCCCCCCCCAACAUUCAGUCCUUGAAUGUCUGAUUUUUUUUUUUAUUACUGACAGCCCCUGUUCCCUAGUUGUUCUAGAGACCACGUGAAUCUCUCCAAGUCCUAUAGAUCCUCCCCAAACCCCCCACUUUCCAUGCUACUUCCCAGCUGGACACAUACUAAUUCCCAAACAGCACAGAUGGGAGUCAUGGUAACCAUGGAGACAGGGCAGGUGGCAGAGAGAAAGAGACAGACAGUGAUAGAGACUGACAUAGAGAGAGACAGAGGCAGAGGGAGAGAUAGAGAGGAGAAAAAAGACACAGGGAGAUGACCAGGAAGGUUGGCAAAGUACAAAGAAGGAAGAAUGCAGAACCAGAGGGAACUAAAAACCUGUUUAUACAGUUUUCAGCCUCUCUAUUUACCUCCGUGCCUCCUCUUCCCCACCCUCCACCCCUAGAUAGAAUAAGAAGGAAUUAAAGAUUUACUUUAUUGUGUCAAAAAAAAAAAAAAUCUACCAUCCCCAGUUCUGCCUAAGAGAAGGCUCCACAUCUCUGUAACUCUCUGCUCCCUUUUAAAAAGGAGGGGUGCAGACCAGAUACCAGAUAUCUAUGUGGGAUCCUUUAUAGAGCCUGUAUAUCUAAAUAUAUACACAUUAAGAAGAAUACUUGGUCUCUCUUCUCAUAGAACUUGGAUUUAUGACGUCUGAGGACAACCUUUGGAAGUGUGAUUGUGUCAUGUAUGACUGACUUGUCAGGUCUAGCACACAGCCACCACAACACGUCAAGUCCUGGAGAUUGGUAGCUGGGGAAGCCGAGCUAGAAUUUGUGCAGGCAACCCUGAUGGGGCUAGGGAGAGAAGGGAUACCCAAUUUGGGACUGGAUUCUACAAAUAGCUAGGUUUAAAUGGCUAAGAUACGGUAGUCAGGCUUAGAUAACCUGAGGUAGUGGGUUUUGUUUUCUGGGGUUUUUUUCUGGGGGAUUAGAAAAGCAGCAGAUUUGGUGCCUGCCACCCCCACCCGCAGAGACACAUCUAUAAAUAGCUCCGCCGAGCUCCGCCCCCCCCCCCCUCCCAGAGCCGGCGCUGCGCCCGGGGCGCACGGGAGGAGGGAUCUGGAGCAGGGGCGCCUAGGCUCGAGCACAGAGAGAGUGGGGGCCAUAAAGGCCCACCCCCACCAUGUGGGUGCUUGGUAACCCGGCUUCUUCACCCAGACUGCACCCUGGUCCGGGUCCCAGCCCAGGCCCUGGCCGGGAGGAGAUCCUGCGGACAUACAGGUAUCUGGGCACACCGCCUGGGAGGGGAACGAGGAGCGGGAGAUAGGGAACACAGCAGGGGAAAAGGCAACUCUGAACUCUUGCCUCUUCCAGUUUAAGACCCUUGGACCCGAGCCGCGACCCCUCCCAGAGCUGCGGCUCCGAGGAAAGGGGGAAGCCACUGGGAAUGUAUGGGUGUGCGCGUGGGAAGGGGGAAGUGGUGAUUACUGAGGGGAGGUCUGCGCUCUAGCGAGAGCUAUUUGGAGAGAGGAUGAGGAAAAUCGGUAGCUGGAAAUGGCUCGGGCGCUGAGGGUGAAGGUUGGGGUGCGGACAUUCCCGCGCGUGCACACACGCACUGGCACGAGCAUUUACCCGGGCGGGUGCACGCGAGCUCUUUUCUUUUCCCAGACAAGCAUUAGGGGGGCAUGGGGCAGAGGACGGAAGUGUGUGCCACGGUGACCCACUCCAAAUCUCUAUGAUUCCCUGUCUUGUCUCUAUGCUUGUGUCUGUCAAUGUUGGUCUAUCUCUCUGACAGGGAGCACCGUAGCUGCUGAGCCUCAGUCCUCCUCUCUAGGCAGUGUCCCCAUCCUUGUCCCGCAUCUCCCUCUCCGCCCCUUCUGGGGUAGUUUCAGCCGCUGCCUUUCUCCCACCCGCCACCUCGGCCAUGCUGCACGCCGAGGGGCACGCUCUCCUGCGGGCAGUGGGGCAGGGAAAGCUGCGCUUGACUCGGUUGCUCUUAGAGGGAGGUGCUUACGUGAAUGAGGGCGACGCGCAGGGGGAGACUGCACUGAUGGCUGCCUGUCGGGCCCGCUACGACGACCCCGAGAACCGGGCCCGCAUGGUACGCUACCUGCUGGAGCAGGGCGCCGACCCCAACAUAGCAGACCGGCUCGGGCGCACGGCUCUCAUGCACGCCUGCGCCGGAGGCGGGGGAGCUGCAGUAGCCACCCUGCUGCUGGCCCACGGCGCGGACCCGUCGGCCCGUGACCACGCCGGCGCCUCGGCUUUGGUGCACGCGUUGGACCGCGGGGAUCGCGAGACCCUCUCAGCCUUGCUAGAAGCUUGCAAAGCCAAGGGCACCGAAGUCAUCAUCAUCACCACGGACACUUCGCCCUCGGGCACCAAGAAGACCCGGCAGUAUCUCAAUUCUCCUCCCUCCCCGGGGGUCGAAGACCCGCCCACCCCGGUCCCCACCCCGGGGGUUUGCAUGUCGCCUUCGGAAAUCCAACUGCAGACGGCAGCGGGAGGAACCGAAGUGCUGUCUCCCCGGGCCCAGGAGGAGGAGGAGAAGCGAGACGUGUUCGAAUUCCCCCUCCCUAAGCCCCCCGACGACCCUGCUUCUUCCGAGCCCCUCCCCAAACCACCCCGCCACCCGCCACCCAAACCACUCAAGAGGCUCAACUCCGAGCCCUGGGGGCUAGUCGCCCCCCCUCAACCGCUCCUGCCAGCCGAGGGGCGACCCGCGACUGAGCGAUUGAUUGCCGACUUUAAUGGCCUGGCGCUGACUAGUCGACCCCGGCUCUCCAGGCGCCACAGCACGGAGGGGCCUGAGGAACCACCCCCGUGGGCUGAAAAAGUGACAGGGGCGGGGGCCCUUUCCCGGCGCAAUACGGCGCCGGAGGCCCAAGAAUCGGCUGCUCUGCCCGGGCUGAAGCAGAAGCUGAGCCGCAUGGAGCCGGUGGAGCUAGACGGCCCCAGCCACCUAGGCACGGACUCUGCGGACUCCAGUCGCUUGUCUCUGGAGCGCCGCCGCUACAACGCUUCCCCCCUGACCCUCCCUCCGGCCGGUUCUGUUCCUUCACCCGGGCAAUCCCAGGAGAGCCUUCCGGGGGCCGUGUCUCCUCUGAGUGGGCGGAGACGGAGUCCGGGGCUGCUGGAACGGAGGGGCUCUGGAACGUUGCUUCUGGACCACAUCUCCCACACCCGGCCCGGCUUCCUGCCUCCACUCAACGUUAGCCCCCACCCUCCCAUCCCAGACAUUCGCCCUCUGCCAGGGUGUCGGGCCCCAUCCCUCCCCGCCCCCCAUCAUUCCGGGGGCCUUGGGUCUCCCAGGGCCAAGCGGAAAUUAGUGAGACGUCAUUCCAUGCAGACAGAGCAGAUUAGACAGCUAGGGGGCUUCCAGAGUCUAGGGGGACCAGGAGAACAAGGGCGUUGAGGGGGUGGAGGAGCUCGGAAUAGUGUGGACCAGGCUAUGGCAGGGCAGGUGAGGCCACCAGCUCGCUUUUACCAUACACACACACUAGAGGCUGCUUGUAUUUUGCUCCUAGGCACUGCACGGUGCACUCUUGGCAGAGAUGCACAUGUUCACGGGCACAGAGCACUUUACCUGAAAGGUCACCAGGUUUCUCACAUGUACUGAGCAGUCACACAUAUAGAGGGGUCAUUUGUGUGGCUGAUGCAACUGUGCACUUGCGCGUGGGAUCAGCGGGAGCUCACAGGCACUAUGCACUUGCAUGCAUCAUGAGGUCAAAGGUGCUCAUCAGCACAUGGGCCCCCAAACAUAUUUGCACUUGUUCAUGGGCAGUGAGAUUACCUGCUAAUGACCAGUGCCUAACACCCUUCUUCUCCCUCCCCUCUCAAAUCUCCAUCUUCUUGUGCUUGCAAUUAUUUAUUUCUAUUAGGUACAGUGGCACAUGCCCUAUAAUGCAUUAUUUACACACCCAAUCCCGGUGGAAAGGUCUUUGACUCUUUUGGGAUCCCCCUUAACCCACCCACUAGACUGGGUUCUCCUGAUCCUCUGCUCUCCCUCCCGGACUUCUCUAACCCACAGAACUCGGGAAAAUGUUGCUUUCCAGCCCCUGAGUUCCCCUUCUGGGAGGGAACCUCUUGCUGCACCAGUUCUGCUGCUCCCCUCAUUGCUCCCUCAACUUUUCCCUCCUUGCCUCCAACAGUCCAGAUACUUCCUAACCCCAGAUCAACUGAUUAUAUCAAGUUGUCUUGUCUUCCCAGGAGAAGUGGGGCAUGCAGUCCAAACUGCUCUUUUAUGUGAGCUGCGGUCCUCCCCAAGGCAGGAGGGUAGUGAUCUUAAUUCCCAUCUUGACAUAUCAAAAUAAAGGUGUUCAGAAGUUUCAACCACGUCUCUCCAACUCACUUGGGAGGAGGGGAUGGGAUGGGCAAUACUGAACCUAAUCGUGACCAUAACUUGUAGGCUCAGUGAAAGCCCAGGCAUGGUAGUAGAGGGCAAGCUAACAACUUUCAUCUCUUCUUGAAAUCUCAUUCCUUUUCCUUUCACUUUCCUUUGGAUCCCCAGGAUCUAACUAUCUCAGGUUCACUGAAAGAUCAGGAAAGAACAUGUUGAUUUAGUGGCUAAGGUUAACGUAGCAAGACAGCACCAUGAGAAACGCAGCGCAACGUUAUACCCAUUUUACAGAUGAGGAAACUGAGUUGGAGAGCUAAAGAGACUGCCUAGGAUUACAUUAGUAAAUAAACAGAAAAUUAACGAUCCGCUCCUAGGACCCACUGAGCAGGCUCCCCAAGCACGCCCCUCCCCCGCCCAGCUAAGUCCCCAGCCUCUUCUCCGGGACGUCACUUUCUUCACAUACCGAGGCAGGGAAAAGGGACUGGGCCAUCCCCCGGGAGCAGUUCUAC